AUGUCCCUCUCUCGUGUCGAAAAUCCUUGCUUUCUGCUGUUCCUGUUUGUCUUCCAAGCAAUAUUUAUCCUGAUACUCUACCGAGGUGGGCCUUCAACCGUAUUCCGUGGGUUUUCGGACUCGCCGCGGGACCUGGAUUACUCCAAAACGCACGAUGUGUACACGAACCUCACGCUGUUCACCCCGGCCCCCAGCGAAGAAGCCAUGCCGUACUGCUCCGCGCGCUCGCCCAUACGCGUUGGUCCAUUAACCAUCACCUUCAGGGUGCUCCCUACUGAAAGGAUGAUCAUCCAAAAGAAUCCUUUUGUCCAGUCUGGCGGCCACUACAGGCCACCCCACUGCUUGGCCCGCUACAAAUCAGCCAUCCUCAUAGCCUACAGGAACCAGGAGAAGUACCUGCGCCACCUCCUCUACUACAUCCAUCCCUUCUUGCAGCGCCAGCAGCUCAGCUACAGCAUCUACCUGAUUCAGCAGGUGGGGAACGGGACGUUUAACCGAGCAAAGCUGCUCAACGUUGGCGUCCGGGAAGCCCUGAAGGAUGAAGACUGGGACUGCCUUCUCCUGCACGACGUCAACCUGGUACCCGAGAACGACUAUAAUCUCUACAUCUGCGAUGAAUACUAUCCCAAGCACAUGGCCAGUGCCAUGGAUAAGUUUCAGUACACCCUGCCACAUAAGUCCUUUUUUGGGGGCGUAUCUGCUCUGACUCCAGAACAUUACAUGAAGAUGAAUGGGUUUCCAAACACCUACUGGGGCAGCGGUGGUGAAAAUGACGACAUCGCUACCAGGUACCCACGCGCAGGGCAGGCUUCGAGUAGGACCGCGCCUCACCUUGGACGCUACAAAGUGAUGGACUACAGUGAAGAGACGGAGACACAAGACCCUUGGAGAAGGCCUCCUUCCCGACACAACACUGGAAAAACAUGGAAGGAUGACGGAAUGAAUUCACUCGAGUUCAAGCUCCUUUCCCGGACGAAGCACCCUCUUUAUACGAACAUCACUGUGGACAUCGGAUACGUUCCCCCCUUUUCGUAA